AUGCAUCAAAGAACAUCGGCGGCUAGUCGGCGGCCGUCUGGAACCGAUGGCUCCGAUUUCUCCUACCGAAUGGUGGUCGACUCCCGAUAUCAAAAAGUUGCCAAAGGAAAAUCUCGACUUUCCAAAAUCAUAUUCAUUCAGGCUAUUGUUCAAUUGAUAAUAGCAGCAAGCACAUUUUUGGCAGCAGCAAAGACAGAGACUUUGGACGGAUGUGCUUUCUCUUCUGUUGCAUUAGGCUUCAUCUCUAUUAUAAGUGGGGAAUUAGGUCGAAAGCGCAGCAGAUCAAACUUUUUGAAGUUUUAUGUGCUAGGAUCAUCGGCAGCUAUAAUAUUGCCUGCUGCGUGUUUUGCUAGGAGUCACAAUCUUUUGGAGGUUGUUCAAAAUUUCAAUAGCAUGCUGCCACCAAACCUUGAAGUCGUGAAGAUUAUUGCUACUAUACUUGGAUUUGUGAUACAGAUCUUCUCAAUUGCUACAACAGUAUCGCUCAUUCAUAAUAUGGCACCUCCUAAGAGAGCUUCUUGA